AUGGCAAAGCUUUCAAAGGUGGAAAAAAUUGCCAAAAGGCUCCCAGAAUUCUGGCAGAAAUCAGGUUUGAGACCAGAUCUUUGUGUAACGGCGACAAAUAUCCGCAAGUGGAUAGUGACAACCUGCCACCAAAAGAAGUGCAAUGGUGCAUCUUUUGAUGAACGUGUAAUACGACAUGCAAUGUGUCACUCCGAUAGGGCUGCAAAAGCAAACUACGUAAGGGAGGACCUUACUGAGGUAUCCGCAGCAGCACUUGACAUCAUAGCUGUAUGUACUUCCACUCAAACAUCAGAGCUGAAUCCUGUCAACAGCGACCACGUCAGUCCUUCAUCUCCGGAGGUAGAGUCCAGUAAAGUUCGUCCGCUCACCAUUGACUUCAACCAUGUCAGUCCGUCAUUCCCUGAAGCCAAGUCCAGUAAUGUUUGUCCCCUACCCAGCGAAGAGAAGACCUUAAUCAAAACCAUCUUCAAUGAAAUUAUCGUCAAAGAUCAAGUAGUGUGUGUACGCGACAUAAGACCACUACUGAUGUCUGACACAAAGCUAAGGAUGCUAGUGCCACAUAAAACCGUGGUGCAGAGGGUGGCUGACCAUCUCCGCUACUGCCAGGUGAAGCAUCCCAGAAAAGAUCCCAACGAGCUUCCCCAGGCAGACGCUGAAAGCAACAUCUCAGAAUGGCUAGAAGCAUAA